UGCUGCAACAUUCUCGAAUUGAAUCGUCGUGUGUUCGACUUAAUCAACAUGGAAGCAUGUUUGGCUAACGCUGCAAAUUCUGCAGUUACUACUCCCGCAAAUGUCUUUGCGUAUCUGAUACAAACGCUUCUGACAGCGCAAUGUAGCUUGAGCGAUGUCAUUUACCCUCCAGAUCGGUCGGAAGAGAUUGCGACUUCUAAUAGAGAAUUCGACUUCAUCAUCGUGGGCAGUGGAAGUGCUGGCUCCGUAUUAGCCAAUCGUUUGACUGAGAUAGAAAACUGGAAAGUAUUGCUGAUCGAAGCUGGUGAGGAUCCCUCGAUACUCAGCGAAGUUCCCGCAGCAUUUCUCUCGUUAUUACAUUCGCCGGGGGAUUAUUCCUAUGACAUCGAACCCGAGAAAUUUGCCUGUCAAGGUAACAAGAACAAGUUGUGCAAAUGGUCAAAAGGCAAAGCUGUCGGCGGCAGCUCUACACUAAAUGCCAUGCUUUAUAUUUAUGGCAGUGACAAGGAUUAUAAUGAAUGGUCUCAAAUGGGCAACAAGGGCUGGAGUUAUGACGAAGUACUGCCAUACUUUAAAAAAUCUCAAAGCUGCGGUCAUGGACAUAGCGACGAGUGGAGAAGCAAGUACUGCGGUCAUGGCGGACCGUUGAGCAUCAGGUAUUACAAUUACACUCAACCGAAAAUACAUGAAAUGGUCUUGAACGCUGCUCGCGAGAUGGGCGUACCUAUUUUGGAUACCAUCAACGGUGACAAAUUCGUCGGAUAUGGUAAAGCUCAAGGAACGUUGGAUAAAGGUCGUAGAGUGAGUGUUUCAAAAGCCUACUUGUCGCCGAUCAAACAUAGGAACAAUUUGUACAUGAUGAAGUCAACUCGAGCUGACGCUGUUCUCUUGGACAAUACUCGAGCAGUUGGAGUUCGUGUGACUUUGAAAGACGGACGAUCGAUUGAUUUAAAAGCCUCGAAGGAGGUAAUCUUAUCGGCCGGCAGCAUCGCCAGUCCGCAACUUUUAAUGCUUUCGGGUAUUGGACCCGAGAAGCACCUACGCGAAAUGGGAAUACCUACGAUCGUUAAUUUACCCGUUGGCAAAAAUCUUCAAGAUCAUGUCACGUGGUUCGGUUUAAAUUUGGCUUUCAAGAAUCAGAGCGCGACACCACUGUCACCUACGUUUAUCCUAGACGCAGCUUACGAGUAUUUAAUGCACAAUCGAGGACCUCUAACAAGUGCCAGUGGCUACGAUCUUACGGGUUUCGUCAAUGUACAUGAUUCGAGUGCCAAAUACCCCAACAUUCAGUUCAUUAACGGUCACAUACCACAAGGGCACAUACCCGUGGCGAUUAAUUUAUUUAACAGUCUUAACGUAGACACGGAAAUAGCUAAAAAAAUAAUAGAAAUUCUAACAGAGGCAGAUCUAAUCCAGUGUUUUUCGAUUUUGUUGAAACCAAAGAGCGUGGGCGAGAUACGGCUACGUAGCAGAAAUCCAGCAGAUCCUGUUAGGAUUUAUGCCAACUAUUUCUCCGAGCAGGAAGAUUUAGACACCAUGUUGAAAUCAUUGGACUUUCUGAAAAAGAUGACCAACACUGAGACAUUUAAACGGCACAAGGUGCGGUUGCAUCACCCAGAUAUUCCUGAUUGCCGUCAUACCAAAUCCGACUCCGACGAGUACUGGAAGUGUAACCUGCGAUAUAUGUCAUCUACGAUCUUUCAUCCUGUUGGAACGACAAAGAUGGGUCCUCAGGGCGAUCCUACGGCUGUCGUAGAUCCUCGUUUAAAGGUUCAUGGAUUACAGAGAUUAAGGGUCAUUGAUGCAUCUAUUAUGCCAACGAUCACCGGUGGAAAUACGAAUGCGCCAACGAUAAUGAUAGCCGAAAAAGGCGCAGAUUUUAUCAAGGAGGACUGGGCUAUUAUAGAAGGCAAGAACGAGUUGUGAAAGCGAAGCGAGGCCUUAAUAGUAGAAACAAAUCUUUUUCUAAAAAUGAGUUUAUUUC